AACAACGAAGAAGAAGAGAUCAGCUGACUCAAGCCAGUCAGUUAGCAACAACUGGGAAAUAGCUGAUUUUCAAAAGGGAAAAUACAUGAUUGAUACAUGAAAAGGGAUUAUUAUCAAGCAGAUUUUAAUAUUUUGUUGCAUAAAUUAAAUUGGGUGAAAUAUCAUGAAGGGUUUGUACUGCAGAGCCGGACAUGCUGAGCCAAAAUUCGUUAUCCAGGAAACGGUUCUUCCAGAUGUUUUGGGCAGCCACCUGGUCAGAGUUCAGGUUAAAGCGUGUGGACUCAGCCCUCUGGACCUCAAGCUGCUCAAUGACGUGGGGAUCCAGAGAGAUUUAAUUCCUGUCGGCAGAGAGGUGUCCGGCGUCGUCCUGCAAGUGGGAGCCAAGGUGUCUUUCUUCCAGCCGCAGGAUGAAGUUGUAGGUAUUCUGCCUCUGGACUCGCCCUGCUCUGGACUCUGUGAGCUCAUUGACAUAGAUGAACACUAUUUAGUUCAGAAGCCGGAGAAGUUGAGCCCGGUGUGUGUUGCCGGAGCGCUGCGUGACGGCCUCUCUGCUUACACUGCGCUACACACACACGCUCGCAUGGCAGCCGGACACACACUCCUGGUCCUGGAUGGAGGCAGCUCUUUUGGCCUCAUGUGCAUCCAGUUGGCGUGUUACCACGGAGUGAAGGUUUUUACAACGUCACACACACCAGAAGAACACACAUUCCUGGAGCAGCUUCGACCCAGCGUGGGUGUUCAGGACCCGUUAGUAGCAAAGGUGAUCCCAGUUUAUAAAGACCAAUCAGAGCUGCUCUCCGUGGUUAUGGAGGAGACGGGAGGACUGGGAGUGGACAUCGUCAUCGACUCUGGAGUGCGUCUUCAAGAGAAAGAGUCCGAUGAGAGGAAGCUCCUCCCACACAAACAUGACAUCAUCAGUGUGCUGGGAGUGGGGGGGCACUGGGUCACAUCCCACAAAGAGCUGCAGCUGGACCCUCCAGAUUGCCGACUGCUGCAUUUGAAAUCUGCCUCUCUGACGUUCCUCAACCACGAGGUGUGGACGGCUUCUUCCGCUCAGCAGGGAAGAUACCUGCAUAUCCUGAAGGACAUCGUGGAGAAGAUGUCCACUGGAGUACUCAGACCUCAGCCUGAGGAGGCCGUCCCUCUCUAUGAAGCCACGGUUACCAUGGAGACCGUCCAGCGGCACCAGAAGAAAAAGGCCGUGGUUCAACUCUGACCAAAUUCAUGUCAAAUGUACAUGCGCUAAAACUCACAGGAAUCACUUCACAUCUGCAGUUUCAUCAGCUGUUUGUCAUGUAAUGUACAACUUUCAUACUAAAUAAACCAACGACAAGUCUCACAAUA